UGUGAAACUCUUUGCGGGAUGUCCCGUGUUUAUUCUGGUUAGCUUGACUUCCUCUUGAACCGGGAUGGUUUUUGUUGGCCCGUUUUUAUUCCGCUGUUUUGUAACGCAGGGGGCGUGUCUGUCUUCUCUGGACCCACAGACCUGCCGGACUGGACUCGUUAGAACUCGGUCCCGAGUCUCGUUGCAGGGUUAGGCUGGCUGCGGUUCCGGACUCAGACAUGACCCGGGUUCUGAUCGUGGGAGCGGGCCUGACAGGCAGUCUCUGCGCAUGUCUGCUAAGGAGAGAGAUGCAGAGCAAAGUUCACAUCGUCGUGUGGGACAAAGCCAGGGGGUCCGGGGGCAGGAUGUCCACCAGUCGUCCUCCAGACUCUUUGUCUCAUUCAGCUGAUCUUGGAGCUCAGUACGUCACCACCACGUCUUCAUACGCUUUGUCUCACUUCAGGUUUUACUCCGAGCUGCUGUCUGCAGGCGUCUUCCAACCUCUGGACUCUCUGGUUGAAGGACAGAAGCACAAAGAUGGGAACCAGGACUACAUGACGCCACUGGGCAUGAGCAGUGUGGUCAAACACUUCCUGUCCCAGUCAGGAGCUCAUUUGUUCUUCGAGCACCAUGUGACCGGGUUGUACCGCCGUGGUGCAUCAUGGGAGGUCCAGAGGAAGGGAGGCAGCGAGAUGUUCGACGCUGUCGUCCUGACGAUGCCGGCUCCUCAGAUCCUGCAGCUGCUGGGAGACCUGGACCAAAUGCUGUCUGUCCAGCAGAAGCAGCAGUUAGAGGGAGUCGAGUACUCGUCUCGUUUUGCAGUCGCUCUCUUCUUCCCUCCCGACGUCGUCUUCAGUUUUCCAUGGACGGCUCGAUACGUCACUGACAACCCUUGCGUCUGUUACAUCGCUGCAGACUCCCGCAAACGCAACGCAGACGUUCCCGGUCGCGGACCCUCCCUCGUCGUCCACACCAGCAUCCCGUUCGGCCGGAAGCACUUGGAGGAAGACAAGGAGGACGUCCAGCCAAUCAUCUUAAAGGAACUCAACAAGCUGCUUCCUGGUCUGCCUCAGCCAAUCAGCAUCAAGUGUCAGAAGUGGAGGUACUCCCAGGUGCUGACCUCGGUGCCGGAUUGUCCGGGUCACAUGACCGUCCACGAUCGGCCGCUGCUUGUCUGCGCCGGCGACUCCUUCGUCCACUCCAACUUCGAUGGCUGCGUGGAGUCGGCACUGAGCGCGCUCAGUGUGCUGAAGGACUCGCUGUGACAGGAAGUGUCUCAGAGACGUAACAAUCUGACCCCAUGGAUCAAUAAUCAAGAAGAAGUGAUUAAAUGCAUUAACAUAUCAUCGUUUCAGUAAUUAAUUGUAUUUAAGGCUUUUGUCUUUUUGUGAAUAAAUGGAUUUUAAAUGUAA